AUGGCUUCGAAAGCCCCACGCCGAACUACCACUCGCGAACUUUUUUGUCCCUCCCUGCCAGCUGAGGUGUGGAUUAACGUCUUUCGCUAUCACACCGACCUCGCGCACCUCUGGAAUGUCGUGCGACGCGUCUCUCCCACCCUCCGCGCAUGCGUCGAGCAUGCUUUCGGCGAGCACUUCCUCAAAGACAUACACAUAGACUUCCAGCUCGAGAAGUACAACCUGGGCGGGAAGAGCAAGAGACCAGAGGUGUCCACGCGGCUCGCGCGACGCGGCAAAGGCAAAGAUAAGCUCACAGCCUGGUUCAAAGAUGAGCGACCAGAUCCCGGCUCAGACAAAGCAUCGGGGAAGAAGGAACGCGAGCAUUACCACAAAGUAACGCGCCGCUGGGAAGAAAACGUCAAGAACUGGAAGGCCGAAAUGCCCAACUACACAAUCAGCAUCGGAGACCUAGUAAACGACACCGAGCUCCCCGACCUCACCAUCGACGUCGCAGCGCGCGAAAUCAACUUCAACUGGAAGAACAUGCUCCAACUCUUCUUCCGCGAACAAGAACGCCUCCGCAUCCUCAAAGACGAAUGGCACAUCAAGACCGCCAAGAAGAUCCAAGCCAACAACGCACGCCUCAAAAAGGGCGAGAAGCUCAUGCCCUCGGAUUACCCGCCGCCGUGGUCGACCGCCGAAGCUGAGAUAAGAAAGGAUAUUAGGCGAGCAAGGUUAAAGGAGCAUUAUCGCGACGACGAGCAGAUGGUGUGGGCGAUCGACUCGUUGAAGCAUUUUGAACAAUACGGGGCGGCGGCUGGGAGUGCGAAGGCGCUUAAGCUUAACCCCGAUCUUCCAGGUGCUGGGCUGGGUGAGAAAUGGUUUGGUAGUGUGAAUCUGGUGCAGGAACUCUAUCUCGAUGAGUGGAGUUGCAUGCAUCGGAUUGAUACCAAGGUCGAACAUAUCCGGAAUGGAACAUGA